GGUGGACAUCGAAAAUCUAUCCAAACUUGGAGGCUGAGGCAGAGAGGUACGAGGGUGUUUAAGGACCCUCCAUCUUUUUCACGUUCACUCACUCUCACAAAGACACACAGAGUUUCAAAGGGGAGUGGGGGCCUUUGGGAAUUGGAAUUUCAGCAGCUCUGCUUGGAAUGGCUUGCAGACUUGCAGACUCUGUGUUCCUUUUCAUGGGCCCCCAUCAAAAACCAAGUGGGAGUCAAAGAAUUUUAGCUCAUUGUUCUCAAGGCAGAUAUUAUCUGAAGGGGGAAAGACUUCUCCAAAAGGGAAUCAGGCAUCAGCAGUUUUUAUUUUCAAAGAGGACUAAAGUUCUGCAAGCUGUUGCAGUUCCAAUUGUACCAUCUUUAGCAGAUAGUGCCGAGUAUAGGAAUCAAUUAGCUGAAAGAUAUGGUUUUAAGCAAAUUGGAGAACCACUUCCUGAAAAUGUUAAAUUAAAAGAUGUCAUUGAUACCCUUCCAAAAAAGGUGUUUGAGAUUGAUAACGUGAAAGCAUGGAAAUCAGUUUUAAUAUCCGUCACUUCCUAUGCCUUGGGGCUCCUUGUGAUUUCAAAAGUCCCAUGGUAUCUACUUCCACUGGCUUGGGCAUGGACAGGGACUGCAGUAACAGGGUUCUUUGUAAUAGGCCAUGAUUGUGCUCACAAAUCAUUUUCAAGGAACAAAUUAGUGGAAGAUAUUGUUGGAACCUUGGCCUUUUUGCCUCUAAUUUAUCCAUAUGAGCCGUGGAGAUUUAAGCACGAUCAGCAUCAUGCAAAAACAAACAUGUUGUGUGAAGAUACAGCUUGGCACCCUGUUUGGAAAGAGGAGUUUGAUAAAGCUCCUGUUUUGCGCAAGGCAAUUAUAUAUGGAUAUGGCCCAUUUAGACCGUGGAUGUCUAUAGGUCACUGGUUGAUCUGGCACUUCAAAUUGAACAAGUUCAGACCAAGCGAAGUGAAAAGGGUGAAGAUAAGUUUGGCUUGUGUGUUUGCGUUUAUGGCAAUUGGAUGGCCAUUGAUUAUCUUCAAGACGGGUAUUGUGGGAUGGAUCAAGUUCUGGUUGAUGCCAUGGUUGGGCUAUCACUUUUGGAUGAGUACUUUCACCAUGGUCCAUCAUUCGGCUCCUCACAUACCAUUCAAACCUUCAAAUGAGUGGAAUGCCGCUCAGGCCCAGCUUAAUGGAACAGUUCACUGUGAUUACCCUAGAUGGAUUGAGAUACUAUGUCAUGAUAUUAAUGUCCAUAUCCCCCACCAUGUUUCUUCAAGGAUACCAAGCUAUAAUUUGCGGGCAGCCCAUAAGUCUCUUCAUGAAAAUUGGGGAAAGUAUCUGAACGAGGCUUCAUGGAAUUGGCGUUUGAUGAAGACAAUAAUGACUGUUUGUCAUGUUUAUGAUAAGGAGCAAAACUACAUUUCCUUUGAGCAACUUGCCCCUAAAGAAUCUCAACCAAUUACAUUUCUCAGGAAAGUGAUGCCUGAUUAUGCUUGAUUUAUCAUUUCCUAUGGGGUCCAUGGCUCUUUGGUUCUUUCUUAUCUGUUAUCUUUUUGUUCUGGGUCAAAUUAGGUUUGCUAUUUCAUUUAUCUUAUCUCUUCUUGCUUAUGUUGUACUACAAUAUUGAAACUUUAUGAUUGAUAGAGAAAACCAAUUGAAAGAAGCUUCCAAGAAGUUCACAUAUCAGUUUUGAUUA